UUGGAUCGGCUCACCGACUCAGCGAAAGUUCGUGGAAGAGAAGACAGGAAGCUUCACAGCACUUUUAAACACCACCCCCUCAUAAUUCUUCCCCAGUUAACGCCUCAUCUGUUCGAGUUCCUUCUCCCAGCGGCGACAUAUCUUUCGCUCUUCUUUCGUGGUCGACGGUUCCGCCAUAUUGUUUCACUGUGCAAACUGCAGCUCAUCGGCGUCGAUUUGUACUCCUCUGGGUUUGAAAUCUAUAAAUGAUGCGUUCUAAAACACAAAACAGAAAAAAUGUAUUAGGAAGCAGAACAGAUAUUGGUUGGGAAUAUGGAGAGGAAGUUGAUAAUGAUUCAAGGAAAAUCAAGUGUAGAUUCUGUAAGGAAAUCAUAUUGGGUAAUGUCUUUCGCUUCAAACAUCAUCUAGCUUGUACUAAAAAAGAUGUGAAAGCAUGCAAGAGUGUGCCUGAUGAAGUUAUCAAACAAAUGCGCAGAGUUUUAGACCAACAAAAAUCUUCAAAAAGGAAAUCGAUGAAUGAUGAAGAGGAGGAAAUGGUAGACUUGAGGGAUGAAGCUGGUAAAUUAUUUUGCACAAGUGGCAUUCCUUUUAGUUGUGCAAAAAAUCGAGACUAUGCAAAAAAGCUUGAAUUGGUUGGAAAAUGUGAUUCGAAAUUUGUAGCUCCUUCCUACCAAGAGUUUGAAAAUUCUUCUCUAGAAAAAAAAAGGAAAACUACAACUGUUGUGCAUGAGAAGUACAGAUUUGAGUGGAAGAAGGGUUGCUCAAUAAUAUGUGAUGAAUGGACAAAUAUGAGGGGAAGAUCUUGCUGUAAGUUUUUUGUAAAUAGUCCAAUGGGUAAUAUGUUUUUGAGAUCUAUUGAUACAUCUGACUUUUCUGAAAUGACUGUAAAAGUUUUUGAGGCGUUGGAUAAAAUAGUUGAAGAGGUUGGAGAGGAGAAUGUUAUUCAAGUGAUAACUAACAAUGAUGCAAAUUAUAAGGUUGCUAUGGAGAUGUUGAUAGAAAAGAGAAAAAUGAUUUUUUGGAGCCCUUGUGUUGUCCAAUUGUUAGAUGGAAUUCUGAAAAACUUUGAGAACAACUUGUCACAUCAAAUAAUUAUUGAUAAAGGUAAAAAGAUUAGUACAUUUAUUUGUUCAAGAACCAUAGUUAUGUUUAUCUUAAGGAUGUUCACCGGAGGCAAGGAUUUGAGCAGACCAGAAGCUACUCAAUCUGCUAAAGCAUAUUUGACUUUGUUAUCUCUUAUUGAUAUGAAAGACUCACUUAUUGCAAUGUUUUCAUCGGAGCAAUGGAAGUCAAAUGAAUUGGCAAUGACAAAAGAGGGAGAAGAAAUACAACAAAUAGUUAUGGAUGAUGUAUUUUGGAUUGAGAUAGUUGAUUGUCUGAACUUUGCUCUUCCUAUCAUUGAAGUACUUGUGAAGAUAUAUUCUGAUGAGAAACCAAACAUGGGAUUCAUUUAUAAAGAGAUGAAUUGUGCAAAAGAUAGUCUUCAAUCUUUGAAUAAUGUAAAAAGGUGUGAGCUUAUUCAGAAGACAAUUAAUGAGAUAUGGAUUGCACAACUUCACCAACUGUAUGUAGCAAGUUAUCUAUUGAACCCUCAAUUGCUCUUCAAUCCCACUUUCAAUUUUCCUUCUGAAAUUAAUGAGGAACCUUCCACUUAUUUAGCAAGAAUGGUAAAUUACUACGAUGGUGAUCUAAGCAUGAAUGCAGAAAAACUAAAAAAGAUAGAGGGUCAAGUUGUUGAUUUUUUUAAAGCUCAGGGAUUAUUUGGAAGUAAGGCUGCAAUUUUGGAGAGAAAUACAAAAGAUCCAGCCAAGUGGUGGGAUUCAUAUGGAAAGCAUUGUCCUGAGCUGCAAAGGUUGGCGAUUCGCCUAUUAAGUUUGACCUGUAGCUCUUGUGGAAGUGGACAAAGUUGGAAUGCAUCUAAGCAGGUUUACCUAAAGAAAAGAAGUCACUUGUAUCAAAAGAAGCCGAAUGAUUCGUUUCUCCUCAUUCAAAAUUUUAAAACAAGAACUGACGAGCCAAAACUAAAAGAUUUUGGGGCAUUAAUGCAGAAGCUGCCCUCAGAUAAUGAAUUGAUAACUGCAAAGGAAGUUCCCCAAGUAAGUGGUGCAUAUGUGUUGACCGAUAUGGUAGAUUGGUCAAGUCUCAACACGCCGGAAACUCAUAUUGCUUUGUAUACGGCGGUAACGGAAAAUCAUAAAUAAUAUUGCUUUAGGGUAGACGCCAUCAUAAAUAAUAUGUUUUGGCCAGAAUUUGUUAAGUUUACAUUUGUUUCCCAUAUUGCUACAACAUUUCGGGAGUUCUCAAAUUUUGGAAUUUUUUGGCUUUCAUCCAA